AUGAAGUUCUCACCUGUGAAUGAUGCGCUUGACGUUAUCUUGGCCAAGUCCUUCAAUACAUCGGCAGAUACUUUCAGAUUCCACGAGUCUCUGCCAUUCGGGACAUUCCCCGUGGUCUUCGCCACCACUGUAGGAUAUGUUGCCUUAAUGCUUAGUGGCAAACAGAUCAUGAAGAACUACCAGCCAUUCGUGCUCAAAGUUCCGAUUUUCUUACACAAUCUUAUCAUGUCGGUUGCAUCAGCAAUACUCUUCGUGCUGAUUAUGGAACCUCUGAUUCCAAUGCUGUAUGAAAGGGGUUUAAACUAUUCAGUUUGUAACAAGGAGGCAUACACUCCUCGUUUGGAGUUGCUGUACUACUUCAAUUUCCUAUUCAAGAUUUGGGAGUUUAUAGACACCGCCUUCAUCGUUUUGAGAAAACGACCACUGGAGUUCUUGCACGUAUACCACCACAGUGCAACCGCCUUAAUGGCCUUUAUGUUUGUCGUGAAGCCUCAAUCUAGUCUCUGGUUUUACAUCUUAAUCAACUUAUUCGUCCACGUCCUAAUGUACUAUUACUUUGCCGUUACAGCACUAUCAAUCAAAAUUUGGUGGAAGAAAUACCUUACAACCAUGCAAAUAAUCCAAUUCGUCGUCGAUCUGGCCCUCAUAGGGUUCUUGGUGUACAAUGUUUUUGCCGCUGACCUAUUCCCUUGGAUUGUGACCGACUACGGCUUCCCAGUCAUCUCUGACUGCUACUCGGCGGAUCCCCAUCUACACGCCGGAGUUGCUAGUUUCGUUCUCUUCAGCUAUUUGGUGCUCUUCAUGGACUUUUAUAGGAGAACGUACAACAAGAAGGACGGUGCUUCAAAAUCCAAGGCCAACGGUGCUGCUAAAGUGAAUGGUAAUACUGACAGCCAUGCUAAAACUCAUCACCCAAACCGCCAAACAACCACCAACCAAAAGGAAGAGUAG